AUCCGGAACCUACCUGAGGGCUAUUUUAACGCUGUUAUAGUGGCCUCGAUGAGGACAGGAAGCCGGCGGCUUGUCAGAGGUCCCCCCACCACCACCACCAAGGGUUCCAUGUCCAGCCUGAGGACAGAUUGGUAUCCUGUGUGUAAUGGUAGAGUGAUAUAACACAGGAAGUUUGUGGCGAGUGAGUGACGGAGGUGGUUAUUAUCUCGUCUAGUUCUCGCCCCCCUUCUGCCUCAGUUACACGGGACAAUGGCACCAAUAGAGGGCAGUGAUGCUGGAGAACUUCGUCCACUGAAAACUUUGGAUGAACUUCUAGAAUGGACUGAGCAAAGCCAUGUAAAUGAUGAGAUUGUCAGUGAGAAGGAACUUUUCUCUCGUGUUUCUCAUCAUCCUCCAUCACAUCCAAAGACACUCAUUUGUCAUGAUAUGAUGGGUGGAUACUUAGAAGACAGGUUUUAUAAGGGAAGCAAAAAGAACGAUGCUUACAGGUUUUAUCACUGGUCAGGAAUUGAUACAUUCGUGUACUUCAGUCAUUCCCUUGUUACAAUUCCCCCAGUGUCUUGGGUCAAUGCCGCACACCAGCAUGGGGUUAAAGUCUUGGGAACAUUCAUCACAGAGUGGAAUGAAGGUGCUGAUGUUUGUAAACGGAUGUUGGCAGAUGAGGCAAUGAUUACAACCUGUGUAUCUCAGUUGGUUAACAUAGCCAGACAUCACAAAUUUGAAGGAUGGCUCUUCAAUAUCGAAAAUAAAAUAGAUCCUGAGCAGGUUGGACAAUUGAUAAAUUUUGUGAAGAAGUUAACACUGGCAAUGAAAGAGUCAUGUCCUGAUGCUUUGGUGAUAUGGUACGACAGUGUUACCAUUGAAGGAAAAUUACUCUGGCAGAAUGAGCUAAACAAUCUUAACAGGGCAUUUUUUGAUGUUUGUGAUGGAAUUUUCCUGAACUACACUUGGACAGAAGAUCACCUGAGGCGUACGCAAGAAGCCGCUGGUGAGCGAGCUGGACAGGUUUACGUGGGGCUUGACAUGUUUGGCCGCAACUUCUACGAAGGUGGAAAAUUUAACACUUACAAAGCCUUAGAGGUGGUAAGAGCUAACAAGUUAUCAGCGGCCAUUUUUGCCCAAGGUUGGACAUACGAAACUCAAGACAAUUUUGUAGAAGCUGAGAAGAAGAUGUGGAAAUCCUUGGCCCCUUAUCUUGCACAUCAUGGGCCUUGUUUCUUACCUUUCAUGACAUCUUUCUGUCAAGGCUUUGGAGAAAAAUAUUUUCUGCAAGGGAAGAUUGACAGCAAUGACCCAUGGCAUAAUCUGAGCAAGCAGCAGUACCAGCCUCUCUGGUCUCAGGAAGAAGAAUCUGCCACUUUAAACAUUGUUACAAGUGAAGCCUUCACUGGAGGUGGCUGCCUUGGGCUAACCACAGUCAGUCCUACAACUGUCAGGUUAUUUGUGUGUGGAAUAAGCUGGAAAGUGGAACUAAUUGUGACCGUGUGUUACAAGUGGAGUGGACCAGCUGUGCCUUUUAGCUUAGUGUUGCAGCUUGGACCUUCUACAAGUACUAAUGAUGCAUCUGAAAUCAAAAGGUUCUUAACUCUCAAAUGUGAGACUGGCUCUAAAUUGCUGGAAGAUAAUGCUUAUCCUAAGAGGAGGAGAAUAAGUGGGUCAAAGAAGGAAAAGAUAGAUAAUUCUGUUUGUGAGCCUAUGGUGGUAACAGAUACUGAAAAAAAUGGCUGGAAAAUCAGAUCAUUCUCGGUUAAAGAAGUGGAAGGAAACGAAUUGAAACAAAUAGAUGUUAAAUUAGAAGGAGAAUCGACAGUCCUAAUUGGAAAACUGGACAUCAUCAACCGCUGUAUCAAAGGACUCGUCUAGCAAAGCAAUGGUGGAGCAGGUCUGAUUGUGUCGUUGAUGCUUGAAUAGUUGUUGAUUUGAAAAAGAAAUGUAUGAAUAUUAAUUUUAUAAUGUCAUACAGUAGAAACCUAAAUAUUGAUUUUAUAAUGUUAUAAAAUAAAAACAUAAAUAUUGAUUUUAUAAUGUCAUACAGUAGAAACCUAAAUACAGUAUUGAUAUUUUAAGGUCAUACAAUAGAAACCUAAAUAUAGUAUUGGAUUUUGUAAGGUAGAAACGUAGUAGAAACCCACUAUAACAGAACCCCAUACACUAAAAUAUCAGAUGCAGUGGAAGGAUUCUGAUCUGGUAAGUGCAUAUAUUUACAAAUUUAAGAAAAUACAAAUGGCUUCUGAAUAGUUUAGAAAUUCCCAGUAAACUGGAUUUGCAGUAGGAAGGAAAAUAUAAAAAAAAAGUAACAUUUAUUUACUUAACAUGUACGUUAUUAUUAAAACUAAUUUGACCUACUAAAUUAUUUUCCAAGACGAGAACCUUGUGAUACAGUUACAGGUCGACGUUUAGUCAAGGCAGGUGGACAAUCUGCUCAACUGCUGCAGAGAUACAUUUUAAGCUGCCUCUGCCAGCUUAUGCUAUACUGGGGUAUUAUGAGAAUUAAGUUGGAAGUCAAUAGUGUUGAUUAUGUAUUUUUCAUAUAUAUAUAUAUAUAUAUAUAUAUAUAUAUAUAUAUAUAUAUAUAUAUAUAUAUAUAUAUAUUUAUCUGUAUCUUAUACAUACAUAUAUACCAUUUGUUCUUAAUUGUUUAAGAUAAAUUAUUGCAUCAGUUGUUAUGUUAAAUGUAUUUAUCAAUAUUUGUAUUGGAGCUUUUAAACACCAUGAUCAAUAAAUAUUUAUUGCAGAUCAGCCCAAAAGUUUUUAUUGUGUGUGGAUGAAAUAAAAACACCAUGAUUUUGUUAGUACUAUUACUAAAUGAUACAGAAACAACAACAUUUAUCUUUUAAAGUAUUGUGCAGUACUUGUUUGAAUUAUGGUCCUAAUAUUGGUACAACAUUAAUAUAUAUAUUACAGGAGCCAUGGUUUGUGCAUUUCAUAGUUUUGGAAAAAAUGCAUAUAUUAAAAUACAAACACUUUAGUCAUAAAUCUCAAAAGGGUCAAGUUGUAGAUGUUUUAACACCUGCUCAAAUAAAUGAUACAAUAUGCAAAUUCUAGAUGUACUGUGGUGAGUUAUGCUAACAAUAGAUAUGUAGUAUCAUAAUGAGAGGUUAAAUAUUUUGCUGGCUAUAUUUAUGUAUGCUGUAUAAGCAAAAAAUAUUAAUUCAGUGUGCUUUCGAGUACCGGUAUUAGCACGUUAUCAAGAAAUGCAAUGGAGUAAAGAGGGUCAAAGUAAUGAAUAUAUGCACAGACUAUAACAUGAAUGAAGGGGGUGUGUCCUUGAUCUCCGGGCUGAUGUCAGUCAUCUUCCUACUAUAUCAGUAUGUAGUUAUAUAUAUAAUGCAAUUAAUUUCUUUGUUAAUUAUUUACCGAGGUCACAAUAUAAUUGCAGUAAAUAGUUAAAGCAAAAUAAUGUAGACCUGGCUGGAAAAGAAAUACAGGACAAUUUUCUUAAUCAACCCACAUAUUGCUAGCCUCUACAAUCCCAUGUAUUCCAUAUGCUUCUUUCUUAUUCCUUUCCGCUUAUACAUUUCUUUGAUAAAACAGAUGCAACUUUUGUGCCAUGAAUUUCCAUGUAAAUAAGAUUGAAUGAAAUGAUAACUAUAAUGACCUCAAAAAAAAUAAAAAUAAUAUACAUGGCAGCAUAGUUCUUCCAAGUCUGGAAUAAAGAAUCGGAGCAAUAGGAAUACAAAAUUUAAAAGUGGGAAUCAAACAGGUGGAGAGCCACACCAAGGCUGUUCAUCUUCUGGAGGGUAACAACAUGGCCGGCCAGUUCACGUGUACGCUCUGCCUCUUCCUCAAGCUUGUCGGUCAAAUAAUGGGAUAUCUACAAAAUUAAAAAAAACAGAUGGAGUUAAGAGUAAAACAGUUCAGCACAACUGAAUAAAGAGAGCUAAUUGAAACUUAAGAAAUCGGUUGAAUACAGCAAAUGAUUCAUUACAAUGUUUCAUUGUGAAUAACGAACAUUUGACAAAUAUACUGUAUUCAUGUAUAUAAAACUCCGGUUAAAUUAUUGGACUGCCAAACUUUUUAAUGAGAUUUUGCUUCCUGAUAUAUUUGCAAUAUAUAUUGAACGUUAUAUUGCAGUACUAAAACUCAAGUUUAACUGUAGCCGGAGCUGACAAUAUAUUUUAUUGAUUUUUAGCUCUAUCAUACUGAAAAUUAAAGUAUGUUUAUUUCAAAAUUAAUAUGUUUGUCGAUUGCUGGGGGGCCAGUGCACAAUAUUUUGGGGAGAUUGGUUAGGCCAGAUUAAUUAGAUAAGGGUGUUUUAUUUAUAGUAAUAUAGAUGGGACACCUGGUUGUGACCAGGUCAACCCUGUGUCCAGACUUCUGAUGCACACCCUCCCCAUCUCAAUGUGCACAUACCCCCCUCCCCAUCUCUAUGGGCACACCUCCCUCCCCAUCUCCACGCGCGCACCCUCCCCAUCUUUUAAAGAGUAAAACUUAAAAAGUUUAAGAAUACAGUAAAAAAUACAACUCUUGCUAUACAUAAAAUUGAAAGAACUUUUGGCAAAUAUGGUGUCAUAAUAAAUUCAUUAUCAUUCCAAAAUCUUUUAUCAAAAUUGAUAUACUAGUAUUGUAGUAUAAUUGGUUUUGCUAAAUUUCUCUGUGGGUUUUGACAUUUUGUCUAAUCCCCAAGAUCAAGAAAGGUUUGCCACACAUUAUCAUACAUGAAUACUGUACCUUAUUCCAUGCGUUAUAUGCAGGCGAUGAGUCACAAUAACGUGGCUAAAGUAAGUUGACCAGACCACACACUAGAAGGUGAAGGGACGACGACGUUUCGGUCCGCCCUGGACCAUUCUCAAGUCAAUUGUUUUGAGAAUGGUCCAGGACAGACCGAAACGUUGUUGUCCCUUCACCUUCCAUGUGUUAUAUAUACUAAGAAUGAAUAUCAUUCAGUAAGAACUACAGUAUAUCCAAAAUGCCUUGCCUUUAUAUACAUCUAAGUACCCAACAAAGAUGGCAAUUUUUAUUUAAAUGCAGAAUCAUAAAUUUUAUUUAGUUCUUACUUUUACCCUAAGAAAGUAUGUAAAAUAAGCUUUGUUUUUUUACCUCCAGAUCUCCAAAGUUUGUUUGAUUUUUAAAUGUUUUUAGGUAAAGCUUGUUCAAAUUCUUGGAUAAGUUCAGAGAAUCGUCCAGAACAUUUCUCAACGUGCUCACAUAUCUGUCGCUGAUGUCCGCAGUUUCGUACAAAGAAAGUUCACCCUUGAAGAAAUUUAAUGGAAAAUAUUAUAUCUGUAUCACAAAACUGUUGGUUAAUUACAUUCAUACACAUAUUUUCUAUUGUUUUUGUCAAGGACAGGCAGCCUGGUAUAUAUAUACAUGUUAGGCUUAUAUUGAGGGCCCCCAAAGUUGAACCACUGACUCUCCCCAGGAUGCAACUCUAAACCAAGCUGACUAACUCCUUUGUACCUAUUUACUGCUAGGUAAACACCUAAGCAUUUGGUGAUAGAAAACAUGCCCAACCAUUUCUAUCUUGCCUGGGAUUCGAACCCAGAAUUCCUGGUUGUGAGUCGAGAAUGAACCCAACUGUACUACCGAGACCCAUUUAAGAACUUUUGAAUGCCCUGUGAUAGUCUUUCUGGUGUGGUGCCUUCUUUUGACAUACUUAAAUGUAUACAUGCACAAUUCAUAUUUAAAGAUUAACAUCUUUACAAACACAGUCUUGACAAAUUUUAUCUGUGAUCUCUUAAAUACAGUCCGUAAUCUAAUACAUUAGAUUAGACACUAAGAUUACUAUUGCUUCACUACUGAAACCUCCAAAGUUAUCAAAUAUGCAUAAUAAAAAAUGUCAGAGAUACAUGAUCUCUGUAUUAUUUCAUGGACGUUGCCCAUUCAUAAUAGCUAGUAUGGUGCACAGGAAAAAUAGGAAAUGGGGGCUUAGGAUCUUUUAUUUAUAAAAGUAAUUGACUUGCUUUCAUGAAUUCAAAGGUUCUUGAAUAUGUGGCCAAAACUUCUUAACAUUUAUCUUUUCAUUACACUCCAAAAAAAAUUUUUACCUCCAUUUUUCUACGUAAGCCUGACUAACAUUUUUGUAAACAAUUAAUAUAUUUGCUUCUGUAACUACCUUUUAUUUUUUUUACAAGAUUGGGCACCAGAUAUAAAGGCAAAAUUAGUAAGGACAGUCUCUUAAUAAUCUUAAUAUCUUGGCAUCCAUCUAUAAUCACAAAAUAAAUUAUAACUACUCAUUUUCUCUCCCAUUAUUUCUUCAAUUACUUAAUUUUACAGUAGAAAGGUGCUUGCCUAAAAUAACAUAACUAAAAAUACAACAAAAAUAUAAAUAUUAAAAUAUAAAUUGUAUACUGUACAUACCUUUCCUGUGACAUUAAAGAUAAAAUUACCAUCUUCAAAGGUACCACCACGCUGAAGGAACUUCUUUAGGACAUCAAAAGCAUUCUUCCAUUGCUUGUCACUUGCCUCUAAUAGAUAUUUGGCCAGACCAGGACGCUCUACAUACUGACUUCCAUACUGCUUGCU